GGAAGGGAAAGAACAUGGCGGGUGCGGCGGGGCCCGGCACCGUCCCAGGGGCAGCGGGCGGUGAUGGAGACGAUUCGCUAUACCCGAUCGCGGUUUUAAUCGACGAGCUCCGCAAUGAGGAUGUGCAGCUCCGUCUCAACAGUAUUAAGAAGUUAUCAACAAUUGCUCUAGCACUUGGAGUAGAAAGGACUCGAACUGAACUGCUGCCAUUCCUUACUGAUACAAUUUAUGAUGAAGAUGAGGUGCUGUUAGCUCUUGCUGAGCAGCUGGGAAAUUUCACUGGCCUUGUGGGAGGUCCCGACUUUGCCCACUGUCUGCUGCCUCCUUUGGAAAGUCUGGCGACCGUGGAAGAGACUGUGGUUCGUGACAAAGCUGUUGAGUCCCUGAGGCAGAUCUCCCAGGAGCAUACUCCUGUUGCCCUGGAAGCUCAUUUUGUACCUCUGGUGAAACGCCUAGCAAGUGGGGACUGGUUCACUUCUCGCACAUCUGCAUGUGGUUUGUUCAGUGUUUGCUAUCCCAGGGCUUCAAAUGCUGUCCAGGCAGAAAUCAGACAGCACUUCCGUUCCCUGUGCUCAGAUGAUACACCAAUGGUACGACGGGCUGCUGCUUCCAAGUUGGGUGAAUUUGCAAAAGUUCUGGAAUUAGAGAGUGUGAAAAGUGAAAUUGUCCCAUUGUUCACUAACCUAGCUUCAGAUGAACAGGAUUCAGUGCGCCUCCUAGCUGUGGAAGCUUGCGUCAGUAUUGCUCAGUUACUGUCUCAGGAUGACCUCGAGGCUUUGGUGAUGCCUACACUUCGACAGGCAGCAGAAGACAAAUCUUGGCGAGUUCGCUAUAUGGUAGCUGACAAAUUUUCAGAGCUCCAGAAAGCUGUGGGUCCUAAAAUCACCCUAAAUGACCUCAUCCCCGCCUUUCAGAACCUUCUUAAAGACUGUGAAGCUGAAGUCCGAGCAGCUGCUGCCCACAAAGUGAAAGAACUUUGUGAGAACUUGCCCAUUGAAGGUAGAGAGACCAUAAUCAUGAGUCAAAUUCUGCCCUAUGUAAAGGAAUUAGUAUCUGAUACCAAUCAACAUGUCAAAUCGGCUCUAGCUUCUGUAAUUAUGGGAUUGUCUACCAUUUUGGGUAAAGAGAAUACCAUUGAACAUCUUCUGCCUCUUUUUUUAGCUCAGUUAAAGGAUGAGUGUCCUGAAGUUCGUUUGAAUAUCAUUUCCAAUUUGGAUUGUGUAAAUGAAGUGAUUGGAAUCCGUCAGCUCUCUCAGUCUCUCCUUCCUGCCAUAGUGGAGCUGGCUGAAGAUGCCAAGUGGAGAGUCCGUCUGGCCAUCAUAGAGUAUAUGCCACUGUUGGCAGGCCAGCUGGGUGUGGAAUUUUUUGAUGAAAAGCUGAAUUCUUUAUGUAUGGCCUGGCUUGUGGACCAUGUAUAUGCUAUUCGAGAAGCUGCCACAAACAACCUCAUGAAACUAGUUCAGAAGUUUGGUACAGAGUGGGCACAAAAUAACAUCGUUCCCAAAGUGUUAGUAAUGGCAAAUGAUCCUAAUUACUUGCAUAGAAUGACCACUUUAUUCUGCAUUAAUGCUCUGUCUGAAGCCUGUGGUCAGGAAAUAACCACUAAGCAAAUGCUGCCCAUCGUAUUAAAAAUGGCAGGAGACCAAGUAGCGAAUGUUCGUUUCAAUGUGGCCAAAUCGCUACAAAAAAUUGGACCAAUUCUAGAUACUGAUGCUUUGCAGGGGGAAGUUAAACUGGUACUACAGAAGUUAGGCCAAGACGAAGACAUGGAUGUCAGAUACUUUGCUCAGGAAGCUAUAAGUGUUCUUGCGUUGACAUAAUGAGGAACAGGAGGGAAAAGACUUUACUAAAUUCUUAUCACAGAUUUCUAGUCAAUGUGUUCUUAAACUGGGUGGAGAAAAAAUGGAAUACCUUCAAGAUUUCAUUCAAGCAAAUGGCAACAACUUAUAAGAAAUCAUAUUUCAGUGACUUGAUUCUUUGUAAAGAUGAAAUGGGAUUUUUUUUUUACUCUUUGUUGGGAUGAUUAUUUAAGUUAUUCUUAUUGUUUCUGAUCAAUUCCUGACAUUUGGUAUAGUCAUCUCUUGAUUGUCUCCUAAUGAUUUAUCUGUGACUUUCUGGGCUCCUGGAUCCUCACUGUUUAAUUGAGCCCUGGCCACUUAAUGUUCCUCACAAAGCAUGGAUGGAUUUGGACCCAGACAUGGAGUGGAGUGAGUGUCUUGAUGUUUACAUCUAUCUGUGUGUAUCUCCAUCAUUCCAAAGUUAGAUAUACAUGGUUUAGAAUAACUUAUUUUAUAAAGUCUCCAUUUGGGAGACAUACCAAGAUUUGACUUGAGUGAAAGCCACAUUCUCCUGGAUAAUGAUGGUUUGCAUCAUGUCUCACAUGGAAGGGGAAUGCAGAAGCUCAGGGUUAAUGUACUGGUUGUUUGGUUUUUAUUUGCUCAAUUCUGACUAUAAUCAUGUCAUUCAGAAACCUAACUUGUGAAUGCAUCUUGCUGCUAACAGGUGAUGUUGAAACUGAAUUGAAUCUCAAUGGCUCACCACUGUAACUGCAUUCAAAAAUACUUCUCUUUCUUUUGAGAAACUUUAAAUUUUGUGCCUCCUGAUAAGCACUAGUUCUGUUUCAUUGUGGGAUUUCAGGUUUAUAUUUUUCAUGAGUAAAGGAGCCACUGGUAUAAUACUGUGCAGGUGGCCUACUCUUUACCUGGUUGUGCUUCCAGCAUUGCUACAGUGGACAACAGCUUUCCAAAUUGAAGUUUCAUUACUAAUUUUUUGAUAUGGAUGAUGCCGAAAUCUUAUUGUUUGAAAUGUUUGUUUUUCUGCUUUUAUAGUAAAACUUCAUUAAUUCCUCCUGGAAUUCAAGAUAAUGGGUUAAGCUGAAAGGUUUGCUGAAGCAAAUUAAUAGCCUAUGUGAAGUACUAAAGAAAUUAUUUUAAAACUCUUUCUAAAAAGCACCCAUUUACAGUUGAUAUGCCAAUUACCAAUCACUCUUUUCAAUUUUAUUAAAAUGCCUUCCUUGAGGUCCCUUAGAAAGCCUUACUUUUUUUUUUAGAUGCAUUCGGUUUACUGUUUAUUCUUGAAAUAAACGUGUAUUUUGUGGAGAAUUUAAAUAUUUUUUCUUAGUUUAUUUAUAUUUUUCACCUAUUCAGACUCAACCUUGUCCCUAGUGAAUUUUAAUUGAUGAGGUUUUACUGUAGCUUAUUUUUCUCUCAGUGCAACUUAUUAUGUAGUUUGCUUAUUUCUGUUUGGUUUUGGAAUUGUUUCAUUCACAACCUCCUAGCCCUAUUCUGUUUUGUGAAGACCCAAAGACUCCUAUAAAACUUUGUAUAUUAAACAAUUGCAUAAAACCAAGUUUGACUAAAUAGUUUCAAAUUUGUCUUAGCUUAGAAAAGCAGAACCUUUUAAAUCAGAAAUUAUCUGCCUGCGUUUUUAAAUUGCCAAAUUACUUUAUAGUAAGUUUCCAUUUUAUUACUUUUUGGGCUGUGGAUUAAAUUAUUCCUAAGCAAAAUAUUUCCUACUUUCUCAUUUUAAUAUCUUAAACUAUUGUGCUGUAAACUUUUUAAUUUUAGUUUCAUGGCUCUUUAGUUUUGAUUACCUACAGGUUAUGUUCUUCUUCAUUGAAUUUCAUAUUUGAGAGAAUAUUGUCAUAAUUCUUGAAACAAAUCUAUUCAUCCAUCACUUUAUUAUUUGAGAAUGUUGGUGGUUUGGGGAUAAACUUAAAAUUCCCUUGUUUCCCUCCAAAGGGGAGCCCUGUACAUUGUCCUCUCUGUCGUAAGACGGUGUUAAAUGGAGAUAGAGCCCCUGCUUUCUCAAGCGUGGUCCAGUGAGCCUGGCAGGACCUUCUCUUUGGGUUCCCCUCAGAGAUUUGCUUCUUUUUGACUUAAGUAAUAGGACGUCCCUCUUGUUCCUUUAUAGAUGAAUUGUUCUUUGGCUCAUAGCUUGAUUAUUUCUCCAGGGAUUAGUUUUCCUAUCUUGAUUUCACUGUAACGUAAGCUCCAGAAGCUCUAUAAGGGCAGGGGUUUUUGUCUGUUUUGUCUUCUGUGUCACUAGCACCUAGAUGAUUGUCUGCUGUACAUGGUAGGUGAUCAAUAAAAAUGUGUUCAAUGAAUGAAUUUUUAAAUUUGUCAUCUCCAUGCAUGGAAUGAGUUUUCAAAGGCUUACUGAGCACUAGAGUGCAUCUCAUUCUCCCACUGACACAAUGAAAGGAUUUACAAGCUUUAUGUGGCCCUUCUCCAGUCCCCCAUCCUAGGCCAUGGUUCCAUUUUGAUUUGCAUGAUUCUUUUGUCUCGAACAUUCAUUGCUGUAGUUUUUCAUCCUAUAUGGUGUACAUCACUUUGGUUGUUAGGAAAGUGAAGCCUACAGGCAUACAACCUUAUGCCAAUUUAAAUACCUUAUCAGCGUUGGAAUUCCCCUUAGUGUUUCUACAGUUGGUGUGGGAUUUAACCCCUCAUGGGUUUAAGAAAGCAGCGUUUGUUUCUCUCUGUGCUGGUGAGAAAAUAUGAACUUGAAGAUGCAUGCUGUUGUAAUCA